AUGGCACAAACCACUCUCGUGUCCCUUUCAGGCAAAGGCACCAACCCGAAGACCACGUUGUAUGUCGGCGGUCUCGAGGAGAGCGUGACAGAUGCCAUCCUACACGCAGCCUUCAUCCCCUUCGGUGACAUCAAGGACGUAUCUGUCCCCAUCGACCAUGCCAGCGGCAAGCAUCGCGGCUUUGGAUUUGUAGACUUUGAGACUGCAGAGGACGCCGCGGACGCCAUUGACAACAUGCACAAUGGAGAGCUCUUCGGCCGUGUCCUGCGUGUCAACUAUGCCCAACCCAUGAAGAUCAAGGGCGGGGACAAGGGCUGGGCGUCGCAGCCUGUAUGGGCAGAUGCUGAUGACUGGUUCGAGAGGGCCGAGGCGGAGAACCAGCUCGAGGAACUAGAGGAAAGGGAGGCCAAGGCUGCUGAGCGAGCAGCUCUCACUGCAGCCGCUGGCCUGGACGCCAUGCAGGCAGUUGAAGCAGAGGGUACACAGUAG